CGUUUGUUCACCACGGGAUAUUAGCCAAACGGUCGCAAGCAACCCUCGUGGGAUGUAAGAUUGUCAGUCCGGGACAAAGACAACCUUGUCUAUUGGGGUCUUUACCACAACAUGUCUGGUUUCACGUUGCUCGGACCAGUUACUUAGGAAACUGCUCAACAUGCCGCGCUUUUAAUAUACCUGGGCCAGGUUCGGAUGUAAAGUCGUUUGUGAUUAUUCUAUUGCCGAUUGUCGUCUGCUGUUCAGACGUCGUCCAACAUGGCUAUGCAAGGAGACGAGGCGUCGAUUGAAAGAGGUUACCGAAGAUUGUCUUCUCUCUUCCUUCGGCCUGGAAUCGAUCAGCAAAAAUGUCAACGUUGUAAAUCGACUGUUUAUCAACAAGAACGUCUCGGUCCCGUUCACGACGUCGUGUUUCAUAAAACGUGUUUCAAAUGUAUAACUUGUGGACAGUUUCUUACUUUGAAAAACUACUGGUCAAAUCAGGUAGACCCGGAGGACAGGGAAAUAUACUGCAAUAGCCAUGUACCGAGAAUCGGUGGGGCAAGAAUUGACAAGGAAGCGCUCGGAAUUAAAAGCGCUAUGUCUGUCCAGCAACAUUUCAAGAGAAGUGCAGAUUCUAAAACGUCAGAAAAACGGAUACCAGACAAUAUCCCUCAAGUAGGGGCAGACGCGUUGAUGAUUCAAAGGGCUCUCAAAGCCCCCAAAACCAACCAGUACGGUCAAGAAGGAAAUGUACCUGCCUCAAGUCUUGAUAUCGAUGCCUGGGGAAUAAAAGAUGCCAUGGACGCACAAGUUCUACAAAAACGAUAUCAGAGAAAGUUGGAUAAACAUCACUUCCCUCCACAUAUCGCCAAGCGGCGGGAGCAGCUGUUCAAUGCCCAGAAGGAGCUGGAGGCCAAGUUGCGGAAGGAGGAGGACGAGAUGUUCCGCGGCUUCCAGUCUGUGAGGAAACAGGAAUCAGAGAAGAUCUCCGAGGAGAUAAACAAAGAAUGGGAGGUGCGCCUCAAGGACUUGACGGAAAAGUUUGACAAGCAGAUGGAAGGGAAGAGGAAGAAACUGAAGGAUAAUGAGAGGAAGCUGAUGACAGUCCAGUUUGAGAAUGAAAAGAACGUCCUCCAGAAGACGAUGUCAAUGAAGAGGGAGAAGAAGAAGAAAACAAUGACCUUGAGGAUGAGGGAGAAGGAACAGAGUACAACCUCUGACCUCGUCAAGCGACAGAGCGUUCAGAUGCUGAGUCUUCUUGCAGCCAAACAGGAGGAGAUGAAGAAGGAGCUGGCAGUGGAGCUGCAGAAGGAGCUGGCAGUUGAGCUGCAGAAUGACGUUCAGACAGAGCAAUCGACAGGGCAGGUGUCUGAGCCACCAGUGGAAGAGAUAAUAGAGGUGCUGCAGACGCCAACAGUCUUCGAACCACCGUCACCUAAACCACCACGCUGUCGGAAGAGAAAUCUCUACAGUGACGUCAGCGUCUUCAGCGAUAUUGAUGAGCAAGUUAUUGAGGUGGCUGAAGGUGAACAGCUGACCUACACGGACCUGGUCAAGGAGCUGACAGAGAACCUUAUGUCGGACCUGGAGAAGGCCAGAGCUAUCUACCGCUGGAUCACCGUCAAGGACCUUAAUGUGAUGGAGUUUGAUGAAACCAUCGAGGAGGACACACCCAUGGGACUGCUGAGGGGCAUUAAGUUUGGAACCGAAACCUACCAUGUGCUGUUCAUGAGACUCUGCAGCUAUUGUGGCCUGCACUGUGUGGAGAUCAAGGGCCACUCGAAGAGUGUGGGGUACGAGCCUGGCAUGGAGAUCAAUCCUGACACCUUCCAGAACACGUGGAACGGCGUGCUGAUUGACGGGGACUGGAGGCUCAUACAGUGCAACUGGGGAGCCAGACACCUGGUGCUGAACAAGGACAAGGACAAGGACAAGGAGAAGCCCAAGAAGCGAGACCAGAUCCGCUACCAGUACGACGAGCACUAUUUCCUCACCGACCCUGAUGAGUUCAUCCAGGAGUUCUGGCCAUAUGAGCAGAAAUGGCAGCUGCUUGUGACCCCGAUCACUCUGCCAGAGUUCGAAGCCUUGCCGUUUGUGCGAUCAGUGUUCUUCCACUACGGGAUGAGGUUUGAUCAAAGCAGAUUGGCAGUGUUGGAGACUGAUGACAAAGGUGGUGUGAAAAUCAGCAUCAAGAUCCCAGAGGAACUGGAAAAUGAUCUUGUGUUUUUCUAUCAGCUCCGAUUUGCUGAUAAAGAGCGCAAGCAUGAGCUGUCUUACCGCGGAGCUAGCCUGGAGCGGUUCGUCUUCCAGACCAUGGUGGAUAACACAGUCACCUUCAGUGUCCAUGUCCCUACAGUUGCUGAUUAUUUCUUUGAGAUUUUUGCAAACAAGAUCGAUGAGACCAAUCGGUGUGUUGAGGAAAACAAUGCAAACUUUGCUCCAUUCCGCCUGAAGUGUGCGUGUAAGUUUAAGAUCCUGUGCACAACUAUGUCCGGAAAGAUGCAUCCGCUUCCCAACUGUGCAGCUGGGGAAUGGGGGCCCAAGAAGGCCCUCCGACACUUCGGACUUACAGCUGUGCCUUUCGAAGGGCGUGAAUCUAGUGACAAUGUGGAAACUUCCAAGGCAGGAAUACUCACGGUUGAAGAAAAAUUCAGUGUGAAGUUCAAUAUUCCAAGGCCCUUACAGUUUGUGGCCAAACUGAGAAUGAAUCAAGUCGAAGAUCAAAUUUUUGAUCCUUUUGUGCAUCUUUCUGCCGAUGCCAAAAUCUUGACAUUAACCAUCACCCUUCCACAGACAGGACAGUAUGGCAUUGACCUGUAUGCUCGUCCGAAAGGGGUGUCAGAUUCCAACACCUUAUCCCAUGCUUGCAAGUAUCUCAUUAACUGCACCAAGGUCGACACUCCGCUGGAAAUUCCCAAAACCUCCUCCUCCUCCUCUAAGAAUAAAUGGGGACCCACAAGUUCCUUUGACGAGUUUGGGCUGAAGCUGGUUUCACAUAAGGAUCCUAAGAUCCGUAUAUCUGAUUCCAAUCUGUGUCAUAUUGAGCUGGAAGUUCCUCAGAAUAUCAACCUUUCCUUCCAGUUCCUUAGGGAACCCGACGAGGAUAACCGAGAUUAUGUCCAGAUGGCCCGGCUUGAUGACCGUCCAACAAUCAUGCGCUUCAACAUCACUCUGACUCGCAGCGGCAACUACAUGCUGUCAUUGUACGCUAGACGAGACAAAAGUGAUGAUCGCUCACUUCCAAAUGUUUACAACUAUCUGAUUCAGCACUCCAGGAGUCCCAUGGAAUCAAACGGUGGAAUACAUGUGACCAGGGAGAAAUCUUCCUCCAUAUUCAAGAAGGGACUCUUCUCUAAGAAGGAGAAACAUUCGGAUAAAAAUUCUGAUCGAUUCUCUGACAAGUCGUCUGAUAAGUCUAGUGACAGCCGAUAAUGGACAUCUGUGAGUUUGUGUCUGUACAUGCCUCAUCAUAAUGACCUGAUAUUGACCAGUGUCAAACCACAAACUGUCCUUUGCCUUGUAAUGUUAACUCUUCCCCUAAACACGUGGCCAAAGGAAUGAGUUCUGUCAGCUGAUGAAGUUUAGUAUAAGCCUGGGUGGUUUGUCGCAUAUUUUGUGAUUCUACAUGGAUGUGGGUGUGUAUAUGAGGAGGCCAAACCGGGCAGGGGAGUGAAGUCAACACCAGUGCCUAGACCUGUUGUAUUUCAUAUGUAUAUGUAUUUAAGCUACAGAUAUACAUCUUAAUGCAUUAUCUAGCACUGACAAGUGAGGUGAGACAUGUAUGGUGUUAAUGCUGUAUGGACAGGCUCAGUAUAAGCUUGCAGGUUUGAAAUCUACCAGUAUAGUCGUUCGUAUCAACCAGCUGUUCUGUUUGAUUCUCUGUAUCACAUGGCUGUUACAAAAUGUACUAGUUUGGUCCAAUUAACUUCACUUAAGCCUCAAUUGUUUUGUAAUGACAAGACUUGUCCAACUCUUGGCCUAAUGGGAUAUUGACUAAGUGUGUGCUUAGUUUUGUUUUGUUUUUUUAAUAAGCAUUUGAAACAUUUUCAAAAUACAAUAAAUUUGACCAACAAAUAUUUUUGAACACCACCAUUACGUACAUAUUGACCUUUGUAGCACAGAUCAGUGAUAGUGAAUCAAACAUUGUGUCAAACUGAAAACAGAAUUUGGCUCAACCAUUAAAACAUGAUUUUCAGUACCUAACAUAUUCUGUUGAGAUGUGCUUCAGUUGUUGAAGUGCAUGCUUCAUGUAUGUAAUCAUUUGUUUGGUGUACAAAGCAAUACUUAUUCCAGUAGUCAAGUAAGGCCAGUGAGUGACAUAGCUUGUGAGGUACACACGUACAUUUCAUCGGAUACCGACGCGUGACAAUAGUACGAGACAGUGACGGCGUUACUGCCGUUGUCAUACCUUGAUGCCUGCAGGAUAAAAUUGGGCUUCAUUAACACAUUACAUUGUCAUAUUACAUUUUUUUCUGUUCUACCAAUAAUAUUUCUUGUUUUAUGGAUAAACCUGUCUAUAUUCACAAAAGUAAAUAAUCAAAUUUUACAAUGUUAUGUCAGAUUAAAAGAUAUGCAAUUAUAGAUGCCUCUUUGGUUUCAAAAGACCUCAAGAUCAGGUCUGUUGGAUAUAAUUUGCAAAUCUGAACAGGAAAAUCCAUAAAUCAAGCAAGAAGAUUGUUUUCAUAGGGCAAGCAUCUUCUCUACCCAUUCUCUGUCCAGGGAAGUGUACUUGAUGUAGUGGCAACCUAGGGCAGCCCGGGGCAACUUUUUACAGUGAGGCAAAACAAUUGCCUCAAAUUAUGCAGGAAAUUGAAAGUGUAAUUUUCAAGUUGAUGUUGAUUGGAUGUUAUAUGAUACAGUCAGUUUCAGGCUGCAGCACAGACAGACUGCAGACAACUGUCACGACACAAGGGAAGAUAUGUACGACAUACAGUAUGUCACAGAUGCUGUGUUUUGAGGAGUAACUGCAGGCCGAGAUGUCAUCGGCUCUGUGGGUUGAAUGUAUGGCACUGUUGACCCGUGUUGACCAGAUAGGUCAGUGGUCUGGCCUAGUGAAGCGACUGUCCAUUCAUAUAGUUACUACAUACUGAUCUGUUAUAUACUAUUCCUAGUCAUGGAAUGUUGCAAUGGUAAGUGCAUUUACAGACUACCCACGAUGAUCAUUGUACAAAGCGAUCAGCUGUUGGUUCGAUAUGUAUAUUCACCUGAUAUAGUCAUAAGUUGACACAAUAGGUUGUAGGGAGCAGUCUAAUUCCUUUCAAGAUCAGCCUCUAAGUAAUGAUAUUGAUUCCAUAAAUUAUCCAUGCAUGUUUCAAAUUUUCAUACUGGAUUAUUAAGGGUUGUUUUGAAUAUGUUAUUUCAUUUUUUUUCAAUCAAAUAUCUUGCUAAUAUUCUGUUAUAUUUAAUCAUUUCUGAAUAUAUGAAUUGAACAUGUUAAGCCAUCUUAAAAGGUAGAAUCAUUCAGACAUAAAUUUGAUCAUUCCUAUGAAACAAGUUCAUUUCAUUCAGCAUAAUCACAUGUAAGACAUACAGAAUAUAAACAGAUAUAACUUAAAGUUUUUGCAGAACAGAAUAUCAGUUGUUAUAACCAUUGAAUAACACAGAAUUGUCAUCUUGUGCAAAACAUGCUUCGAUGGUUUCAUGAUGUUGAGAGAUGUUCCUUGUUACUGGCCAAAAUUGUCAAAUUAUUGUCCAUAUAUGAACUAAUAUAUAUUAUUUCACAAAUUAUAUGCUAAUGUAUGCACUGUCUGUGCAUUGUACCAAGUAAAUAUUCUAUGGAUAACAAUUUAAGCAAUGAACAUACAUAUACCCAAUUGUUUACACACAAGCUUUCUCAUGAAAUGGUGUCAGAUGACUCAACUACUGAGAAAGGUAUUUAAAUGCAAACAUUGGCUGCAUUUGUGCAUGUUCCUAUUUCUGUUCAAAGGGUGUAUGAAGGUGUAUUUGCGCUAUCACCUAAUCAGCAAUUUGUCACAAAUUAAGCUAUAUAUUGGUACUAAAAUAUUAUUUUGUUACAAUAUGUUAUCUAUUUAUACAGUUUCAAAUAUUGUUCAGCAAACAAAACAUUGCUAAAAUAAAAAUGUAUGAAAUUGAA